CCCAUAACAACCAAACAAAGUCUUGCCUGAAAUUUCUCUCAAAACUCUCCAUAUCUUUCUGCUCCUUCUUCUUCUUCCUCCCUCCUCCUCCUCCUCCUCCUCCUCCUCUUCUCCUUCUUCUUCCAUGGCGAAUGAGAAGGAUCAUUAUUACGAUCAGUAUGAUCUUAACAAUUUCUAUUACAACCACCACCAGAACCUUGUUCAAGGGUUUGAUCAUCCUUCCUCACACGGUAGUACGAGCUUCACAGAUUGCUUGAAUGGUGGAUUCAUGGACUAUAAUACUCUCUCAAGAGCCUUUGACUUGUCUUGCUCAUCAGCAUCUGAAGUGAUCUCGCCCUCCAUUAACGAUGAGCUCAAUCCAAAGAAGCCAGCUGUAGUCACUAGUCCGACGACCACUGUAGGAGAUUCUCAAGUGGGGCUCAAUUCCUCUGUGUCCAAUUCGUCUUCUAAUAAUGAAGCAGAAGAAGCUGUGGUAACAGAAGAAGACUCAGCCACCAAAAGCGUCAAGAAAGAGAAGGACCAAGAUGCAGAAGAAAUGUCUAAGAAAGAGAACAAGCCAAAGGGAGGGAAUAAGAAAGAGAAAAAGCCAAGAGAGCCGCGUUUUGCGUUCUUGACUAAAAGUGAGGUCGAUCACUUAGAAGAUGGAUACAGGUGGAGGAAAUAUGGGCAGAAAGCCGUCAAGAACAGUCCUUACCCAAGGAGUUAUUACAGAUGCACAAGUCAAAAGUGCAAUGUGAAGAAGAGGGUGGAGAGGUCAUUCCAGGAUCCAUCAAUUGUGGUCACAACAUAUGAAGGACAGCACAACCACCAUUGUCCGGCAACACUUCGCGGCAGCGCCAACGCUGCCAUGAUGUUAUCAUCGGCGGCGGCAGCACCGCCAUCCCUUUUUGGUUCUUCACAGCUGGGAAGAACAGCCAUGUUUCCCCAGGAACUUCUUUCUCAGUUUCUUCCAAGUUACCAGGGCGAUGAUCAUCAUCAUCCUCAUCACCACCAAAACCAUCCCAUGUUCCACCAAAACCCUAAUAAUAACACUCAUCUUCACCAGCAGCAAGUCCCUCACGACCAUGGCUUGUUGCACGACCUGUUACCUCCUUCUUCUUCAUCCUUCCCUGGUAGACAGCCAUGAAUAUAUAUAUAUUUAGAUAUAUCCAUGGAAGAAAACCCUAUUACUAUAUCUUGUACUGAUCAACUGUCGCUGUACUGAUGCGAAAGAUGAACUAAGCGGAUCGAUCAUGACUAGAUGUAGACCGCCUUAGCAUAAUGAAGGUACCUGAAACCAUUAUUGACUCUCUCUCUCUCUAUGAAGAGUUCUAUAUGCUUCUCAUCAGGACACUGAUUUCACUAUUAAACGCAUUGUGAAAUUCUGAGAUCAGUUCUGGGUUCUGAUUUUCCUACGAUGGAUGAAAAUUGAACCCCUGAGAAGUAAGAGAUCUAGUUUACCGCUGAAGAAAAUGUUUAUUUGAAAUACACAUAUAUUACAUUAUUACAUGUACGUCUCUAUAUAUCCACUGACUGGAUCUAUAUAUUUCUUUAUUUUCCG